UCUCAUUAUUUUCAGCUUUUUUGCAAUUCUCGGUCACUUCGAACAGCAUGUGAGGAAUUUCAAGGACUAUGGAAGAAGAUAGCAACUAGAAAGGGUGUGCAAAAAAAAAAAAAGGUACAAUACGGAUACCACAGGGCGCGUGCAUUCCCCAGAUUUUAUCGCAUGUCGCGUGGGGCGUUUAAGCACACCGAGCUUCUCACCUGUCCCCAAUUAUCCUGUUCAUCCAUCUCACUUACUCUCACUUCUCAAUCCACGUCAAUGUAACGAGAGAGAAGCCCGCCAUCUCACAUAAUUCAAGCGUAGCCUAAGAGUAUCAAAAAAUGGGCGGUCUGGUAGCGUACGCCAGCAGUGAUGAGGAUGAAGAAGUUGAAGACGUAAAGACUGAGGUUGCCGAGAAACCCACGUCUUCCAAAGAUCAAACAGACUCAAAUGAGGUCAAGCCACCAUCACCACGACCUGCUGCUGCCGCCGCACCUCAGCAACCAACAGAGCCUCAGCCAUCGACAGAAGCCAUAACAAUAGGCCCAGUCCAGCAACACUCAGUCCCCCUGGGCCCCUCCCUCCCCCCAAUGGACACCCAGCUCCCAAAUCUCCCGUCGGGAGAAGGCCAAUCCCAACCUCCAGCCUCGCCAUACACCGCCUCCCGCGCCCUCCUCCGCGACCUCACCCUCCCGCCCGUCCCCAACUUCGAUAUACCCCCAUCGCCCCCAGGCUCCCCUCCUCCGGCCCUCAGCGCCAAGUUCACCCAGUUCCUCGACCUCAAGAAGAAGGGCGUUCACUUCAACGCCAAACUCGCCCAGUCCGCCGCCCUCCGCAACCCGAGCCUGACGGACAAGCUCAUGUCCUUCGUCGAGCUCGACGGCCGCGCGGGCUACGCCACCACGCUGCCGUCCGAACUCGGCUGGGACCCGACGUCGGAGGAGCUCCUGCCCGAGUGGGCGGGCAGGACGGCGCUGCGGCAGAGCCAGGACAAGGUGCGCGGCGCGGGGGCGAGAAAGGGAGGCGGGCCCGUCGAGUUCGUGCCGGCUGCCGCUGGUGCCGCCGAUUCUGCUUCGCCUGCCACAGCUGGGAUUGAGCAGGGGGGCAUCGUCUCGCGUGGCGGGAAGAGGAAGGCGGGUGCGCUGUGAGUGCAACAGCUGGCAUGGUUGGUGAUUCCAUUGAUAGGGCAUUCGUUGGUCAUGCACGUCUGUCAGCUGCUUCAGCUUCGUCUUUUCAUUGCCAUGGCUAUCCCGCUUGGCAAGCGUUUGGGGGAUUCAGUAAAUCGGCAAGCUGAGUACUGGGGUGCCCAUUGUUCGCCGACCAUCUAUCCUCCUUCACUCUUCUGCGCAGGGGUGAGUACACGGGCA